CGCAUUCACUAGCGACUAAGCAGGUGACGUGCUGUUGGCAUUUUCAGACGUCUACCACAUCUCAGCAUAGAUUGACCAACCUUCAACCAAACCCUUUCUAUCCUAUCGACAACAAGUCUGCGAGCUGCAUCUACACCAUCGAAACGGAAAACAGCAGGAUUGUCACAGAUCCCGUCAACAACGAAUAAUCGACGGGUGGAUAUCCUCGACGUGUAUCGUUUUGGGACCAAACGCACCCGCAAAACACCUAGUCGGCCUUAGAGCCGAUAGCCAGCACCCAAACAGCACGUCAAAAUAAAAAUAAAAAUAAAAAUGGCGAGGAAUCCCCUCAGUCCCGACGCCAUCGUGCAGGCCAUGGCCGAGGCCCUGCCGACGCACCCCGCGGGCGAUGCGACAUCGGACCUGAGCGGCUCGUACGAGGCGCUCGCGCUCUUCACCCACGCGUGCAUGGCCUGUCUCGACUUUCGCCUGAUCGGCCUCACCGAGGGCCAGAAGAGGGCCGGGGAUGAUGACAACAACGAGUGCCGCCGCCUCGCGCCGCGCCUGCCGCCGGGCUGGAACGCCUCCUUCAACUCGUACUCGUUCGUCUACGCGCACGCGCAGUCGGCCAUGACCUUUGUCACAAAGGUCGACCGCAUGGGCCAGCGCGCCGAGGUCCGCGGCAUCGCCAGCGCCACCGACGCCGUCGUGCGCUUCGACGUCGCCCCGCGCGACUACGUCUCGUCGGCCGCCCUGCCCGUCCGCAUCACCCUCAGGAAGAAGUCCACACCUGCUGGCGGCGGGGGCGGCGGGGGCGGCGGCAGCGGCGAUGCCACCACCACCACCACCACCACAGACAGCAACAAUGGCAGCACAGACGACGGCGGCGGCGGCGGCGAAGACAGGACGGACCUCCCCGCCAAGCUCGGCGCCGUCUUCGUCUCGCCGGAGCGCAUCGCCGACCUCGCGUCGCUCGUCAAGGUCUCCAUCGUCCAGCGGCUGGCCCCGGGCAUCGCCAAGGACGGCUACGCCGAGGAGCGUGACCCGGACGACCGCGCGGCCGAGGACGACGCCCGCCGCCCCCUGCGCGAGGCCGGCCCCCAAAACCCGCGGCCCGACCGCCGCCCGUCGCACCAGCCCCCGCACAUGCCCGACCCGGCCCGCCCGUACCCGCACGACGAUCCUCUUGCUGUCCCGCCCCGCCCGCCCGGCCCCGUCGCCGAUUUCCCACCCCCGGACUUUGACGACGAGCUCGACAUCAACCGGCCCCACGCCGGUCGCGUCCCGCUCCCCGGCCCACUCGGCCCAUUCGGCCCCGCCGCCGGCCGGUCGCCCUUCGCCAUCGGCCACGACGACCUGCACCCGCCGGGCCUAGGCCACCCCUUCCUCGCCGGCGGGGGAGGCCUCGCUCGACCUGCGCCGGGCGGCGGCGGCAUGCACCCGACCUUUGACGACCCUCUCUUUGGCGGCCGUGGUGGCGGCGGGGUCGAUGGCAUGUUCGAUCCUCAGGUGCCUCCUGGCGCCAGAUACGACCCUGUCGGCCCUGGCGGUGGUAUAGGCCCCUUUGGUGGCGGCGGCGGUGGUCCCUUUGGCAGGCGUGGAGGCGGUGGUAGGGGAGGAGGCGGGUCUCCAUUUGGAGGUGGUGGCUUUGGCGGCGGCAUCCUUUGAUCCCAACGCACCCUCGAGCAUUGCAGGGUGAACGCAUGUGUAUGGCUGACAGAUCCAGCAGCCGUUGUUGGCUUGGCUUGGCUGGAUUUUCGUGGUUAUGUAUCCCACAGAAUGUAUAAUAGUAUUGGGUGACACCGGGACGGUAGCAGAAAAAAAGCUCAACAAGAUUCCAUGUUGUACUAAACCUAACUAUAAGGUGCCAAAGCCACUCGACCCCUAAUCUUGUACGAGAUUUGCACAGCAAGAGGUCAGGAAGUCGGGGCACCCACUCGCAACAAACAAGCCAGAGUCCAUCCAUACCAACAUUAAACAAACAUCAAUCCCAUUCACAUUCCCA